ACAAGUUAAUAAUAAUAAUUAGCAAGGAAAACUAGUAGACAUUUAAAGUAAAUAUUCCAAAAUAAUUCAAUUUUAUCUUAAGACACAAAUCAGGACAUAAAUAAUUGUAUAUAAAUGUUUAAGCAGUUUUCAAGUAUUUAGUCGAAACUGUCCGAGUAUUUUACGAAAAAAAAUCAAAACAUUGGGAAAAUAAUUAAUAAAGGUAUUUUUUGAAAGUUGCAAAAUGAUAUUCUCGUUGGCUGCGAUCAUUGUAUCUGCCUGGACGAUAUGUAUUCAACAAGAAUCCACAAACGCAGCAACAGUCAACAGGAACCAGAUGUUCUCCGCAUCAUCUUUAAGACAGAACGGUCCUGGUAAAAGGAACUUUGAUACUCUCGAACUUGAUAAGCUUUUAAAUGAUCCCAUGUUCAUGGAGUUUGAACAUGACAUCAACAAACAACAGGGCGAGCAUACCAAUCCAGAUUUUCUAGAUUCCAGCGCAAUUGAUGAUAUGUUUCAAGGCAAUGAUCUUGAAUUCGAUCCUCUCGCGGAUGCGAUGCCAUUCGAAGGCUUAAAUCACCACGAAAACGUCGCCUCACAGUCCUUUAAUGGGAUUUCCAACGGUCCUGAAAAGAACAACAAUUUCUUCCGACAAUCUGUUAAAGAGAAGGAUCCCAUGUCAAAUGUUAUCCCUGGUGCACAUGGGCCGUUCGACCUACUGCCUCCGACAUUCGGGAACCAAAAUCACAUGUAUCCGUUUGCAAGCUUAAAUUUUCCUGCUCAUGCGCAAAACUACGCAAACGGCUUGAUGGAUGAGUUUAUUCAAUUCUUAUCCCUGAAAGAGAGCGGGAUGUUAGACAGAUGCAUUGGCUUAGUUAACCGGCUGAAGUGAAUGAUAUGCGAAUCGUUACUCUUUAAACACUCGCUUGAGUCAUACACAAACUUCAGCACGCACAUACAGCUAAUAUACGAUAAAGGAUAGGGCAAACAUGAAAUAAGUCUGAAAACUGACACACAGAAUUUUAUGUGGGGGUAUUUAAUGUUGCAAAAGCAAUUAUUUGUACAUUAAAUGUGUUCGUCCAUAAAAUUGCUUAUCAUAUUUUAAAUAAAGAUGUUUAAGAAAAAAAUAGGUCGAAUAUGUUUGUGGUGUCGAAUGUCUUAAAUCAUUAACUGACAUUUAUAACAGUUUCUUUUCUUUCGCAAAAUAGUGUAUUGCAGAGCGAACAGUUGAGAUUGAAAUGACAAAGUCAUAUUCAAUACAAAUUACGCUUAAUCAAAUAUGGCAUACAAUAAAACUCGAGAAACUCAAUCAGGACGGAAAUGUGUGUGCUUAUCUUCUUCUUUAAUACUACAACUUUUAAACAAGAAGACAUAUUACUUUCCCAAAGCGGUUGGUAACUUCGACAUCAUAAUAAUUUUAGGGGAAAAGCGACCUUAAGUGAUGUGAAUUUAGUACUUCAACAAAAGA